AUGACAAACAUCCGAAAAACACAUCCACUAUUCAAAAUUAUCAACCACUCAUUUGUUGACUUACCCGCUCCAUCUAAUAUUUCUUCAUGAUGAAACUUUGGCUCCCUGCUGGGAAUCUGCUUAAUAGUCCAAAUCAUUACAGGCCUAUUUUUAGCUAUGCACUACACAUCAGACACAAUAACAGCUUUCUCAUCAGUAACUCACAUUUGCCGAGACGUAAAUUACGGGUGACUAAUUCGAUAUAUACAUGCAAACGGAGCCUCCAUAUUUUUUAUCUGCUUAUUUCUCCACGUAGGACGAGGAAUUUACUACGGAUCCUAUGCAUUUAUAGAAACAUGAAAUAUUGGAGUCCUCCUUUUAUUCGCAGUAAUAGCUACAGCGUUCAUAGGCUAUGUUCUGCCAUGAGGACAAAUAUCAUUCUGAGGUGCAACAGUAAUUACAAAUCUUUUAUCAGCUAUUCCAUAUAUCGGUACAACCCUAGUCGAAUGGAUCUGAGGUGGGUUCUCAGUAGACAAAGCUACACUAACCCGAUUUUUUGCUUUCCACUUCAUUCUACCAUUUAUCAUUGCAGCCCUAGCAAUUGUCCACCUUCUAUUCCUACACGAAACAGGGUCAAACAACCCAACAGGAUUAAACUCAGACGCAGACAAAAUCCCAUUCCACCCUUACUACACAAUCAAAGAUAUCUUAGGUAUCCUUAUCAUAUUCCUAUUCCUUAUAACUUUAGUAUUAUUUUUCCCAGAUAUAUUAGGAGAUCCAGAUAACUAUAUACCAGCAAAUCCACUUAACACCCCACCCCACAUUAAACCAGAAUGAUAUUUUCUUUUUGCAUACGCUAUCCUUCGUUCCAUCCCUAAUAAACUAGGAGGGGUUCUAGCACUUAUUCUAUCCAUUUUAAUCUUAGCAUUUUUACCUUUUCUUCAUACUUCAAAACAACGAAGCCUAAUAUUUCGCCCAAUCACCCAAAUCCUAUACUGAGUAUUAGUAGCUAAUCUAUUAAUUUUAACCUGAAUCGGAGGCCAACCAGUAGAACACCCAUUUAUCAUCAUUGGACAACUAGCCUCCAUCUCCUACUUCACCAUUAUCUUAAUUCUUAUGCCAAUCUCAGGAAUCAUUGAAGACAAGAUACUAAAAUUACAUCCAU